AUGGCGUUCACGGACGGCCAGCGGGUGGCGCUGAUGCCGCCGGCGCAGGACCACAAGCGGCUGCGCGCCGGCGACCGCGGGCCCAACACGGGCGGCAUGGGGGCCGCGGCGCCGGCGCCCGGUGUGCUGUACGCCGGCCUGAUGGUCACCGCUGACGGCCCGCGGGUGCUCGAGUACAACUGCCGGCUGGGCGACCCCGAGGCGCAGGCCGUGCUGCCGCUCCUGCAGACCGACCUGUUCGCCGUGCUGACGGCGUGUGUGGAGGGCGUCCUGGAGCCGUCAGAGCUGACCUGGCGCUCUGACGUGCACGCCGUCGAUGUGGUGCUGGUGAGCGACGGCUACCCCGGCGCCUACCCACCGCUGCCAGAUCACAAGGCGGCGCUGGCGGCGGCCGACCGCGUCCAGUUCCAGGGCAAGCAGUACCGCCAGGACAUCGCGGCCCGAGCUCUGGCGCGUGAGAUUCUGUGUGCCGGCCGGCUAACCUACAAGUCGGCGGGCGUGGACAUCGGCGCGGGGGACGCGUUCGUCUCGCGCAUCAGCGCCCUGCUCCGGCAGCGGCCGGCCAGCGUGGCCGUGCGCGGCGGCCUGGGCGGCUUCGGCGGCGUGUACGACCUGGCGGCCGGCGCGGCGGACGUGCGCGACCCGCUGCUCGUGGCCGGCACCGACGGCGUCGGCACCAAACUGAAGGUCGGCGUGCGGCCGGCCGGCCGCCUCGGUCGUGACCUGGUCGCCAUGUGCGUCAACGACUUGCUGUGCCAGGGCGGCCGUCCGCUGCUCUUCCUCGACUACCUGGCCGCCGGCCGGCUGGAGAGUGCGCCGCUCGACCAGCUGGUCUCCGCCGUGCUGGACGGCUGCCGACUGGCUGGCUGCGACCUGCUGGGCGGCGAGACGGCCGAGAUGCGGUGCGUCUACUCGGAGGGGGCGUACGAACUGGCCGGCUUCGCGGUCGGCGUGGUGGCGCGGGCGCACUGCCUGCCGCGGCCCGACCUCAUGCGGCCCGGGGACUCCCUGCUGGCGCUACCCGCCUCCGGCCUGCACAGCAACGGCUUCAGCCUGGUGCUGCUGGACGGCCUGCAGACCCAGCUUAGUGCCGUGAUGGCCGGCCUGACAGCGGCCGGCGUGGUGGCCCGGCCCGUGCGGGCCCGCUGCCGUGUCGGCGUGCUCAUCUCCGGCUCCGGCACCAACCUGCAGGCGCUGAUUGACUACGCCGGGCGGGUCGACAGCUCGGCCGAGCUCGCGUUGGUCAUCUCCAACAAGGACGGCGUCAAGGGACUGGAGCGGGCCCGCGCCGCCGGAGUGCCGUGCCAGGUGAUCCGACACACGGCGUUCGCCGGCCGGGAGCAGUUCGACCUGGCCAUGCACGCGGCGCUGGAGGCGCGCGGCGUGCAGCUGGUGUGCUGCGCCGGCUUCAUGCGCAUCCUCUCGGCCCGUUUUGUGCAGCUGUGGCGCGGCCGGCUGCUCAACAUCCACCCGUCACUGCUGCCGGCGUUCCCGGGCCUGCACGUGCACCGCCAGGUGCUGGAGGCCGGCGUCCGCCUGUCCGGCUGCUCCGUCCACUUCGUCGAGGAGGAGGUGGACGCGGGUGCCCUGCUGGUGCAGCGGGCCGUGCCCGUGCUGCCGGCCGACACCGAAGCUCAGCUGGAGGAGCGCGUCAAGGUGGCCGAGCACGCCGCCUACCCGGAGGCCGUCGAGCUGGUGGCCAGUGGCGCCGUCAGACUUGGCGAGCACGGCCGGUUGGUGUGGCGCCACUGAGGCCGUGACCGGUCCCGCCCGGCGCUGUGGAGUGCGAGCCGAGUGUGUCGCCAACCAACGAGCCAGCUGGCGGAGCAGCGCCGUGACCGGAGCAGCACUGCGACGGGAGCAGCACUGCUACCGAAGCAGCACCGCGACCGGAGCAGCACCGCGACUGGAGCAGCGCCGCGAUGGGAGCAGCACCGCGACCGGUGCAGCA